CGUAUGCCGAUGCUCACAUUUCCUUCCAAUCUCCGCCGUGUCAUUAUUCCUUAGGGCAUUGUCCGUGACAAAAGUGAGAUUCACGAUUAUGGCCGAUUUAAGCGUAUUCAGUUCGCCCUUACUGGGCAUCGAGUUGUGCCUCGGCCUUAUCAGCUUGCUCAUCUGGCGCCGAUACUGCUCGCCCCUCCGCGACAUUCCAGGUCCUUUUCUAGCUUCGUUCACUCGGUUGUGGCACGUAGGAAAAAUCUUUGCUGGAGACCAGAAUUUGGAGCUCAUCAGGUUGCAUGAUCAACAUGGCCACUUUGUUCGCAUCGCCGACGAUGAAGUCAGUGUUAGUCAUCUGGAUGGCAUCAAGAAGCUUCUGUUGGCUCCUAUUCCCAAGGGCUAUUGGUAUUCCGGCACUAUACUUCCGGAUUACCGAUUCGUAGCUCCUAUGUCCGUCACGGAUCCAAAGGCUAAGAUCGCGCUCUCGAAAGCUCUCUCUUCGGGAUACACGCUAUCCAAUAUCCUCCGGUCAGAAGACGCCAUAAAUCGCAACAUAGAGCUCUUACUUGGAUGGCUGGAUAAAUUCUCCUCAAACAAUCAGCCCAUGAACUUCGACGAAUACCUAGCUUACACCACCUUCGAUAUCGUCGGCGAGGUAAUCUUCUCCAAGCCCUUCGGCUUCCUGACCGCCGGAUACGAUAUCGACCACUCCAUUGCCAACUCCGGGUACCUCAGCUUAUUCAUCGCAUUCGCGAGCUUCUACAAAAAGUUAUGUACCUUGUUACUUACCAACCCCGUUAUGACGUGGCUGCAGAUUCUGCCUAUGGGACACGUGUACAACACCGCAAUGAAAGCCGUUGAUGAACGUCAGAAGAAUGUAGAUGCGAGGUUUGAUGUUGUGGCCCAUUGGUUCAGAACGCAUGAGAAGAUGCCGAAGAGCCUGACGAUGAGGAAUAUUUAUGCGCAGGCGACGAAUAAUGUUGGGGCGGGGGCCGAUACGGUGAAUUGCGCGUUGCAAUCGUUCAUUUAUUACACUAUACGGAAUCCAGAUUAUUACGGGAGGAUGCGAGAAGAGAUCCAACAGGCGCAAGAACAGGGGAUGUGUGAAGGGAAGGUUGUGACAUAUGCAGAUGCGCAGAAGUUGCCGUAUUUGCAGGCUUGUAUCAAGGAGGCUUUGCGGUUCUUCCAUCCGGUUCCUAUGGGAUUACCGCGUACGGCGCCAGCGGGCGGGAUAUCUAUUGGCGAUCGAACGUUUCCGGAAGGGACCAUUCUUUCCAUUAGCCCGUGGGUGGUUCAUUUAUCGACAGAGAUAUGGGGCGAAGAUGCGCGGGAAUUCAACCCGGAUCGUUGGUUCAGAGAGGAUGCGGUAGAACUGGAGAAGAAGUUUUUCAUUCCAUUUGGAGCUGGCUAUAACUCCUGUCCCGGUCACAAUAUCGCUAAGCUUGAAAUUUCCAAGAUUGCGGCGACGAUCGUACGGGAUUACGACAUUCGUCAGGUGGACAAGAGUCAAGAGUGGAAAUGGAGGGCUAAUUUCACAUUGGUUCCUCAUUCAUGGCCUAUCUACGUUGAAAGGAGGGUGCACAAGAGCUCGCAUGCUAGUUCAGAUGUUUAG